UUCGGCAAAUGGUUUGAUCUGAGUGGGAGGCGGUCGUUUGGCGCGGCCCUUCGCAGCCACUUUGCCAAUGGGGCGCAUGGGCUUCAACUGCCACCCAUACAACGCAAUCUGUGCGUUUACCAACUCGUCCAAAUCGUAUUGUUUUUCUGGAUUACUGAUACAGGUAAGAUAUGCUCACUACGCACCUUUGUCGAUUUUCGACUUUUUGUAUGUCGCUUCAAAAGUUGUAUGUCUUCAAUAUAUCCUGCUUUUAUUGGCGAAAUUUUUCUGAUUAGCUACCGGGUCAUUACUUGUUUUAUUACUGAUGAAGCUUUGCUACGGGAAGUUGGGCACUGGAAAUUAAACAAAACAUACAUUUUGCUACGAACUGUAGUAUCUGUUAUGUUGGAACUGGAAACAGAAGUGUUCCUAGCAAAGUCUUGCUCUACAGUGCGUUUCAUAAAUAUAAGGUCACCUUCGAUUUUUGCGAUUCUAGAGAUUUCUCAUCACAAUGUACCUCCGUACUCAAAUUUUGAUCGCAAUAUCCUUCACCUCGAAUUUUUUAUGAAUUUUUUAUAG